AUGCAUGUCCUUGCUUACGUCCGCUUUGCCGGUCUGGAGGAGAACGAGCUCAAGGUGAUGACCUUGCUGGUGGCUGGUGCAGACAACAUCAUUGCUUAUCUUAAGCGUCGUGGUCACAAUCUCGACUUUAAGCUCGCUCCGGAAGAGAUGGCUGAUGUCCUCGCCUACUCUGCCAUGGUCAAGAACGAGCUCUUUACAGCAAUGAUGCACUCGUGGUGGAACGAGGAGGAGAACUACCAGGUCGUCAAGUCCUUGUAUGCCUCUUCCCUUCCUUUCCCGCUCUCUUGGAUCUUGCCCAAGCAGAUGCAGGAUGCUGUUCAGGCUGGUCUUGGCGCCAUCGUCCAUGCUGAGGAUCUCUCCACUGCUCGUCUCUCUGAAGUGCCAGACGUUGAUGCCGAUGCCCUCUACGCUCGUGCAAACGCCAUCUACAUUGCCCUCGCUGCCCGCCUCGGUGACUCGGAGUACUUUUUCGGGCCCACACCGUGCUCGCUCGACACCAUCAUCUUCUCGCAUCUGCUGCUCCAGUACCUGGCUCCGCUGCCAAACGCCCGCCUCUCGAGCAUGAUCCGCACACACCCGAAUCUCGUCUCCUACCUCACCCGCCUCGCCUCCGAGUACCUCGGCAUGGACAUGAUGGCAUCUCCUGCCUUUGCCAUGCCUUCUCCCGUCCGCUUUAAGCGCCGCUCCCGCCUCUACAUCGGCCUCGGCCUCACCGCCGUCGUCGGCUACGUCACCUUUUACCUCGGCGGCGGUGUCCUCACCUCGUUCCGUGGCCCGCGGCAGGCUCAAGUUGCUUUGGCGUUGUUUGCCGCUGUGACGGGCAUGAAUCUCUCUGCCGUCGACCAGUCCGAGAACAUCUCGUUGGCAGUGACCGAGUUGGAUUCGUAUGACGAUCGCAACUUUAAGAUCACCAUCACCACCAAGUCCGAGACAACAUCCACUACGACAGCGACGACGACGGCAUCCGAGUCGGGAUCAGGUUCCAUGUUGCCAGGGCUGGGUUCUCUCGUCUCUGAGGGUUGCUACGUGCUCAAGGUCCACAAUGGCGUCGAGUCGUCGCCCAAGGGCCUUCCGCUGCUUCAUGCUCAGAACGCAGUGCUGGAUCAUCUGGCAAGCUCUGGGUUUGCUGUCCCGGUUCCGAUCCGCCUCGCCGAGGUGGACACGGCGAGCAGGGCUGGAUGGCCGGUCGGCGACGCCGAUGCCGCUGCUCGCCGGGCGGCGUUUGACGUCGGCGCUGCGCGGGCGGCGUACGACGACGGCGCCGAGGACGGCGGCAAGCUUCGGCUGGUGCCGCUGGAGAGCAAGGAUGGGCGCGUGCGGCUGCACGCCGUCCGGGUUCUCACCUGGGUUGAUGGCGUCCUGCUCGCGGACAAGGUUGAUGCUGGAUCGCCGGGCUUUCUGGCGCUGCUCAACAAGGUGGGUGCGACGCUUGGCCGGAUGGAUGUUGCGCUGGCAUCGUUCUCGCAUUCGGGCGCAGUGCGGACGCAUCUGUGGGACCUGGCUUCGCUGCCGCAGCUUGAGGUCUUUGUCGACCACAUCAGCGACGCGGACAAUGCUGCCCUGGCCCGGCGAGUCUACGCUGACUUUGCGGCGCAAGUGCUCCCGGUCGCCGACUCGCUCUCGAGCCUCACACUCCACAACGACGCCAACGAUCAGAAUGUGCUGGUCAACACCGAGGGGACCGAGGUUGUGGGCGUCAUCGACUUUGGCGACAUGGUCUACUCGAAGCGGGUCUACGAGCUCGCCAUUCUCAUGGCCUACACCAUGCUCCCAUCGCGGGCGCUCCUCGAUGAUGCGAGCCACACCGAUGAGGCAGAGUCGGCGCGGCUAGUUGCUGCUGCGCACGCCGUGUACACCGGGUACGCCGACGCUGUCGCGGACUCGGCGCCCAUCACCGAUCUCGAGCGCUCGCUCCUCUUUACCCUUGUCCGCUCGCGACUGGCCCAGUCGGUCACCAUGUCUGCCUACUCCUUUUCCAAGGAUCCCACCAACGAGUACCUGCUCGUCACCGCGCGUCCCGGCUGGAACACUCUCCGCCUCCUCGAGGCUCUUGGUGCCGAGCCGUUUACCGCCGCCCUCCAGUGAUGUGCCGCCGCCCUUUCAAUGAUCACGCCGACCAUGAUCUCGCCGACCAUGAUUGAUCACCACGUCAACCACCACCACCAUCACGCCAACCACUACCACCAUUGGCAAUAUCAUCAAAACCCAUCUCCCUUCCCCUGGUACCCCUCGUAGCCCUCGCCCAUGGCUCACGCUUCAAAAAUUCGGA